AUGGAUACUUAUGCAAACUUCAGCUGCCAAUUAAGAAUAAUACAAGCACGAAACAUUGAAUUCAUCAACUCCACCAAAAACUUGUUUGCCAGGUUUUAUCUUCCAAUAGGAAACAACAAAAGAAUUCAACUCAACACCAAAAAUGUUUCUACUAAAUUAGUACCCUUCUGGGACGAGUCUUUUAAUCUAGAUUGUUCUUGUCCUCAAGAGUUUUUGGAAAUCCUUAAUCAACAAAGCCUUGUAUUGGAGCUAAGGCAGAGGAAGAUGUGGGGGUCACAACUUAUUGGAAAAGGUGAGAUUCCAUGGAAGGUGAUUCUUGAAUCACAAAACAUGGAGUUAAAAGAAUGGUUGAAAAUGGAUUUGGCGAGUGGAAGUGAUUGCAAAGAGGUUAUGUUGUCAACACCAGAAGUGGAAGUAGAGAUUAAAGUAAGAGUAUCUUCCGUUGCUGAGAUGGAGAAGCAAAAUAACAAGAAGUGUAAUAAUUGGAAUGAGUGUGGAUGCAAAAAUGGUCAUGAUCAUAAUGCUUGGUGCAAUAUUGCAGAAGACUGUGAUAUGUUAACAAUAUCAUUCGAUUUCAUGACAAACCAAAAACAAUAA